CCAAAAGCAGAACGAUUAUCAAUACACGUCACCGGAAUAAAUAAAGCCAAGCUUCAGCCAUUUUUGAAACGCUGAUAGAGUGGGAUCUUUGCGAUAAUGUUAAAGCAAUGUGCUUUGAUACAACUAGUUCAAAUACCGGUUGUUUUAAUGGCGCAUGUGCAUUCUUAGAAGAUAAAAUUGGCCGUGACUUAUUAUAUCUUGCUUGUCGCCAUCAUACUUCUGAAUUGAUGUUACGAAAUGUUGCAGAAGUUGCUUGGCCAGUGACGAAUAGUCCAAAUUUACCAAUUUUCAAAAGACUCAGAGAUAAUUGGGAAAAAAUUGAUAAAUCUGCGUAUGAAAUCGGCACAGAGGAUAAAGAUAUUGCACUUAUUUUAAAUCAAAGAAAAGACGAUAUUCUUGACUUCAUAGAAAAUCAACUGAAGAAUCAUCAUCCGAGAAAUGAUUACAAGGAGUUUUUGGAGCUGAGCUGUAUCUUUUUGGGUGGUAUCAAAAGUCAUAGAGCCGAAUUUAAAGCACCUGGUGCUUUUCAUCACGCACGGUGGUUAUCGAAAGCUCUCUAUUGCUUGAAAAUAUAUGUUUAGAAACCAGUUUAAAAUGGGAGCAAACGAAAAAAAAAUUUUGCAGAAAAUAUGUGUUUUCAUCGUAAUAUUUUAUGUAAAAAUAUGGUUUACUGCUCCUAAUGCAAUAAAUGCUCCAAACUCGGAUUUGCAAUUAGUAAAAGAUCUUAUUGACUACAGAAAAAUACAUCCAGAAAUUGCAAAUGCAGCACUCGAUAAAUUGUCUCGGCAUUUGUGGUACUUACACGAAAAUCUUGCUUGUUUAGCUCUUUUUGAUGAAACUGUGUCAGUAGAAGAAAAAGAAAAGAUCGUACAAAAAAUAAAUUCCCAGGUAGCGGUCAAAAAGCCUAAUAAACGUUUAUCAGUCGCUUAUGAAGAAAUAACGUCGUUAUCUGAGAAAAACAUAAGCGAUUUUGUUAAUCCAAACUCGUUGUUUAUUUUUGAGCAAUUUGAGCUCCCCUAUGAAUUUUUGCAUACUGAUCCAAGUUUGUAGGAAUCAAAUUUGAGUAUAAACGAUGUUAUGAUACAUUCAAAAAGUUAAAAGUAGUUAACGAUACUGCGGAAAGAGGAGUAGCGCUAGCCGAAAGUUUUAAUGAAGUAUUGACUUAUAACGAAGAUGAAAGACAAAGAAUUUUUCAAACUGUUCAGCACCAUCGAUCUCAAUACACAUCGUGUAAAAAAUCACAAUAUAUUGACAAUGAAUUAAUCUAACAAUUCAUUUUUCUGCUUUCAAUAAUAAUUAAUUGGUAUUGUUGUUUUUA